AUGAACGAUAAUACAGCAGCAGACGGUCCUCCCUUGUUCCGCCCCAUUCCUCGCCGGCCCUUCGUCUUCGACCUCAAGUGUUCCACGCCUCAGCCUCAGAGCCUCACGCCUCCCAAGGACGACGAAAGCGACAGCGAAGAGCAGCGCCUCGAAGACGAGAUCCUCCUCGCCCGCUUCCGCCGCGACCUGCUCAAGUCUGGCUUCCUCGGUUCACGGCCGUCCGACGACUCUCCGCCCGACUCUCCCACGCUGCUCACACAGUCGCGAUCCACCGCAGACCUCAAUACCUCGACGCUGGCGGGCAUUUACGACUGUUCAGACCAGGACGAGGUCUUCAAUGGCGCAGGCGACGAUGACGAGGAACUGCACAACCCCUGGGGGACAGGCGCCGGAUCGCCGGUGAAGCGGCGUGAUAGCCUCAGCCGCGCUACAUACGAGCUCAUGCGCGAUCGGUCGAGACGCCAAUCACACGCCAGCACCGAGACAAACCGUCCGAAACAGCCCACAACCCCCGGAUCCAGGGCGCUAUGGCUGGCUUCACGAGCUCUAGUACUGUUCGUGCUGGGAGCUGGCUACGGUGUGCUCGUCACCCACUUGCACCAAGAGCAGGGUCUGCUUCAGCUAUCCGACGCCGGCAGCGGGAUGCCACGAUACAACGGAUCAUACACUGCCAUGUGGGGGUUUGCGCUCGCCGGCGUUGGCAUGGGCGCGCUGCAGCCGUGGGUUGACGGCGAGUGGGACGGCAUGUUUGGCUGCGACAGUGGCGAGACAGAAGUCGAUUCGGUCGAGUCUACAUACGAUGAUGACGAGAGACAGCCCCUGCCAGAGACAGACUGGGCGCUGGUGAUGAGAGCAAUCGGCGUUUUCGUAGGCGUUGCCUUUGCAGUUCGUCGUCUCUCAUGGACAUCAAGCUCACAGGUCUCAUUGGCCGUGGCACUGGCCAACUUGUUCCUCUGGUGGCUGAUUGAUAGAACCAUGCCCGCCCUCGUCGUGUCCACCGUCGUUGGCCUCGCCGGAACCGUCUUCCUGCUGAGCGUCAGCCCCGACAUUAUCCGUGCGCCCUCGACCACGUUUGCGCAGGCCAACAGCAGCUUCUACGCAGAGCCCCAGGCCGAGCCGGCGAUGAUGCUGGGCGGAAUCGCCAGCCAGGAAACCGUCGAGGCGGGCAUCUGGAUCCUCAGCGUGCUGUUCUGCACGUGCCUCUGCUUUGGCAACAUUGGCCGAAGACUGGCCAGGGGCAGAUCAAAGGGUCGCUGGGCUGGACAGCAUCUUUACGGCCGAUAA